GUGGCGCGGUGCUCAACCCUGCAGUCACACAGCGCCAGAUGAGGCCCCCUCCCCUACUGCUGCCGUAGAGGAGAGCAGAGGAAAACGAGUCCUGCUGGUGAAACAGGCGUCUUUCAACGCAACGGAGGCCUCAUCUAAGUGAAGGUCAUCCCAGAGGAGCGGCCGUAGCAUUUUUAUCAAACCGAGCGUCUAUCCUGGAGGUGGAAGAAGGCAGUCGUGACACCCGACAUCCGAGCCCCGUGGGCAGCUUUUCCUGCAGAGAAGACGAGCUGCGCCUCUAUCCCUCUUGCAUCCAUCUCCAUCCCUCUCUCUACCCAGUAGCCUACCUAUAGGCCUAUAUCUUUUUUCGUGGGGGGGUUUGUGCAUUGGAUUUGACUGGUAGAUUCCGAUCAGACGUCCGAUCGCCGCGAUGGGGAACCGGGGGAUGGAGGAUCUUAUCCCGCUCGUUAACCGAAUGCAGGAUGCGUUCUCGUCCAUCGGGCAGAACUCGGACAUGGACCUGCCGCAGAUCGCCGUGGUGGGUGGCCAGAGCGCAGGGAAGAGCUCCGUGCUGGAGAAUUUCGUCGGGAGGGACUUCCUGCCCCGUGGGUCUGGGAUCGUCACUCGCCGCCCCCUGGUGCUGCAGCUCAUCAACUGUCCUACAGAAUACGCUGAGUUUCUGCACUGCAAGGGGAAGAAGUUUGUGGACUUUGAUGAAGUGCGGCAGGAGAUCGAGGCGGAGACGGACCGCAUCACGGGACAAAACAAAGGAAUUAGCCCAGUACCCAUCAACCUGAGAGUGUACUCCCCUAAUGUGCUGAACCUCACCCUGGUGGACCUCCCGGGGAUGACCAAGGUCCCGGUGGGAGACCAGCCAGCCGACAUAGAGCAGCAGAUCCGGGAGAUGCUGAUGCAGUUUGUAACCAAGGACAACUGUCUCCUCCUGGCCGUGUCCCCGGCCAACUCUGACCUGGCCAACUCUGACGCUCUGAAGAUCGCCAAGGAGGUGGACCCGCAAGGACAAAGGACCAUCGGAGUGAUCACCAAGCUGGACCUGAUGGACGAGGGGACGGACGCCAGGGACAUCCUGGAGAACAAGCUGUUACCUUUAAGGCGUGGCUACAUCGGCGUGGUGAACCGCAGUCAGAAGGACAUCGACGGCAAGAAAGAUAUCAACGCCGCCCUGGGCGCCGAGAGGAAGUUCUUCCUGUCCCACCCCUCAUACCGCCACCUAGCGGAGCGCAUGGGUACUGCAUACCUGCAGAAGGUCCUCAACCAGCAACUGACCAACCACAUCCGGGACACCCUGCCGGCCCUGCGCUGCAAGCUGCAGAGCCAGCUGCUGUCCAUCGAGAAGGAGGUGGAGGAGUACAAGAACUUCAGACCCGACGACCCCAGCCGCAAGACCAAAGCUCUCCUCCAGAUGGUGCAGCAGUUUUCUGUGGACUUUGAGAAGCGCAUCGAGGGAUCAGGAGACCAGAUCGACACCUACGAGCUGUCUGGGGGCGCCAAGAUCAACCGCGUCUUCCACGAGCGCUUCCCCUUCGACCUGGUUAAGUUGGAGUGCGAUGAGAAGACUCUUCGGAAGGAGAUCAGCUACGCCAUCAAGAACAUCCAUGGAAUCAGGACGGGUCUGUUUACUCCCGACAUGGCGUUUGAGACAAUCGUGAAGAGGCAAAUAGCUCAGAUCAAGGAGCCAUGUCAGAAGUGUGUGGACAUGGUCAUAUCCGAGCUGGUUAACACCGUGCGACAGUGCACCCUGAAGCUGGCCAGUACCCCAUGCUGAGGGAGGAGAUGGGAGAGGAUCGUCACACAACACAUCAGAGACCGAGAGAGUCGCACCAAAGACCAGGUCAUGCUUCUGAUAGACAUUGAGUUGUCCUACAUGAACACGAACCAUGAGGACUUCAUUGGCUUUGCUAACGCUCAGCAGAAGAGUAACCAGGCGAACAAAAAGAAGGCAGCAGGUAAUCAGGAUGAGAUCAUGGU